UGCCUUGACACCGACCCAUUGAUUCCCCAAUUGCUUUGGACAGUAGCAACGAUAUCGACUCAAGUGCAUGUUGGAGAACAGAGAAAACAUGCUUCUACCUCUGCUGGGCGUAAUCUACACAAUUUUGCAUUGAUCCCGCCCAGCCAUUUCCAUGUCAGCCGGUCUUGUAGAGUUGCCUCGGUGACUGAGCUAUUCUCCGUUUCUGGCCUGGCCACUCGGCAAACAUCGACCGACCAGAGCAGGGCUUACGGUCUCAAAUACGUCACCGACCGCGUUACCACUGCCUCUGUCUACGCCUGA